UUCUAUGAUGGCGUCUGGGUGCGAAUGGCAGAUGGCCCGGCAGUGGCUCAUAGACGCCAACGUCAUUCCGUCGUGGCAUCGAGCGACAAAGCCAACAGCCGACCUCGUCGAUUUCUCAAACUGCCUUCGCGAUGGCGGCUUCCUCUGCUAUCUCUGCAAUCGAAUCCAACCCAACGCUGUCCGUCAGAUACACAACAGAGCUCAACGCCAGUUCUUGUGCAUGCAAAACAUCAAUGCCUUCCUCAUCUGCUGCCAACGUGAAUUUGGAAUGCCUCUGCACGAGCUGUUUGAUGCAACCGACUUGUACGAUUUGUCGGACUUUGGAGCGGUGGUGAGAACGUUGUCCGCACUUUCAAAAACCAGACAUGCUCAGUCUGCUGGCUUGGAAAUGUUUCCACCUGAGCGUUACCAAGGAAUCGAUGACGAAAUUUAUGCCAAUUUAGAAUCUGAUUUGGAACAACGAAUAUCAUCAGGGGCCGCGAACGAUUCAAAGAUAUACGACGUUGUUGAAAAUGAAGAAUACGACGAAGAAGAUAUUUACGGCAGUGUCGUUCCAUCGAAGCAGAAAGUACCCGAACGAUCGGCUUCCGUUGAAAGUAAGAGAAUCCACGUCAUCAACGAGCUAUUAGAUACAGAAAGGAGCUACGUGGACGCAUUGCAGAUGAUCGUUGAUCAUUUUAUGCAUCCGGUUAUGAACAGCAUUACUAUGGAAGACAGAGCAAAGGUGUUUCUUAAUAUUGAGUUAUUACUAAAAGACCACAAGAAGUUUCUCGAUAAACUAGAGACAUCUGUUAGGACCGGAGCAAAGGAUAUUAGUUCCUGCUUUAUAUCUCAGGCUGAAGAUCUUCUUAAGUACGGCUUUUUUUGUUCACGUCUUCCAGACGCACAAGAUAGGAUUGCUGUAAUGAUGAAGGACCCGACAUUAGAGGAGUUGUUGAUGCGGUGCAAGACUCGAUCGAAGCAACGAUUCGGACUAAAGGAACUAAUGUGUGUGCCGAUGCAAAGGACAUUGAAAUAUCCUCUACUAAUUAGGGAGUUGAUCAAGCAUACUGCUGAACAUCAUGUAGACAAGAGGGGCUUAGAGAAGGCAUUAGAAGAAGUCAAUCACGCGGCGAUGAGAAUAAACGAGGCGAAGAAACAGUACGAAAUGCAUCAGACGAUACUUCAGAUUCAAAACAGUUUGAUCGACUUUCCCGGUGGGCGGCUCAUCGAGCAAGGCGACAUGUUGCAGGACGGCGAACUGAAAGUGAAAUUUGGCGAGACGUCGAAAGUAAAACUCAGAUACGUGUUUCUAUUCGAUCGAGCACUGCUGAUUUGCAGAUCACGGGGCGCAAAUUUUGCCUUCAAACAGAUGCUCAGAUGGCAGGAAUAUACAGUGCAUGAUGUGCCAGCGACUGCUAGGGGAAAGUGGGCACACUCGUGGAAUCUUCACGGUCCGAGUGCUGCGGUUGCGUGUUCGUUGUAUGCUAAGACAGUCGAGAGCAAACAAGAAUGGUUACGUUUAGUAGAAGCCGUAUGUGAAAAGUGUCGACAAGAAGCUGCACUAGGUUCGCGUCGACCAUCUGAUAGAUAUGUAAAGCCGCCUGACACGAGAGGUCCUUUACCUUUACCUCCCACGAUGAAUCGUCCUCCUAUGCCUCCUCCUGGGGAAAUUCCGUCAUUGCCGAGGGAAACACCACCAUUGCCACGUGAACCACCAUUAAUGCCGUCUGCCGUAAAAUCUACUAAAGGUGUCGUUCCGAGACCAGCACCACCGUCAAGAGUGCGAGGAUUUCCUGUCACUGCUGUACAGAACUAUCGAGGUCAACCUCACCCUGGUGGUGGUGCUCAAGUUAUACUUUUCAAUAAAGGUGACGAAAUCACCGUCACCAAUCAAUCAGAUAGAGACUGGUGGGAGGGUGUGCACAAGAAAACUGGAAGUUCCGGUGUGUUUCCUGCCACUUUUGUCAAGUUUCAAGAAGAGCUGGAAUUGGAACGACAAAGAAGUAGAAGUAGAUUGGCUUAUGAAGAUGCCUUCCCAAUCAAAUUGCAAUCUUCAAUUGACAGGGCACCGGCUGCUCAUUCUCCGACGGAAAACUCUGCCGAAAGUCCAGAAUCGAUUAGAAGGCGAUACAGUGCGUCUCCGUGGUUUGUUGGUCGCAUGGCUAGGAGUGAAGCUGAUAAUGCACUGGCAUCGAUGCCGGACGGAACUUUUCUAGUAAGAGAGAGUGACAACAGACCGGGAGAUUUUGCAUUAUCAAUCAAAUUUCGACAAUCGAAGCACAUUAGAAUCGUGAUGAGGAACAACAUGUUUCAGCUUAGCGACCUCAAACAAUGUCCAACAAUUGAGCAUCUUAUCGACCAUUACAAGAAGAACACCCUAUCACUAAGUUUUCCCGGUCUUGAAACGACGUUGGUCCAUCCGUAUAAGAAUGUGUGUAAUGCUGCACAGUCAAGAUGGUGUCGGGUGCUCUACUCGUUUCAAGAGAGAGACAGAGAGGAGCUUGGACUAGAAGAGAACAGCGACGUUAGAAUCAUUAACAAGGACACUAGUCGUUCUGGAUGGUGGCUCGGAGAGUGCAAUGGGAAGCUCGGCCUCUUCCCGUCGAAUUAUGUAAAAGAAUACUGACGACUUUGGUAACAUCAACUUGUUCUUACUUGCUGGUUGCUUUUAUACUUCUGUCACAAACAGACUUUAGUGUCAUGUGUGAACUGCUAUGGCUACAUAUGUACUGAUUUGUACUCCGCUGUGUUAGUGGAUUAACUUAGGACACGCACUGUUGCUUGCUACAGAUGGUCUGAGCAAGAGUGGAUACGAUGAUACUUAUUUAAGUCUUUGUUUUAUGCAA